AUGGCCACUUUUCAUCCCUUCCCUCGUCUACCAUUCGAACUUCGUGCUAUGGUAUGGGCGUUGGCAGCCGAGCCUCGUAAUGUUCAAAUCACAGCCGAGUGCCAUGAAGACAUGGAUCCUGAAGACUACGAUUUUUAUCCCGCCCUGUGCAUCGAGCACCUAUUCUCGCCGACACCUGUGCCAGCAGUCCUACAUGCCUGUCGAGAAAGUCGCAAGCAAAGCCCAUAUGAGAAGUUAUUCUACCUCGAAGAAACCGAAUCAUGCUACGUCUGGGUCAAUUUUGACCUGGACAUGCUCGACGUUGGCUUAGGUCCUCUCAGUUUUCUUUUCCUCAAUAGAUCCCGUAUACGCCGGCUCAAGUUCGAGUAA